AUGGAAGGUGUUCAUCAAGAAGACAUCCAUGAACCUCUCCUUGAUUCACAGUCGAAAUCACCACCAUCAACACCAAGAACAUCAUCGAAGCAUCAUCAAUCAAAUGAUCAAUUAGAGAGAGUACUUAACGACACACAACUAUCACAGUUGAAGCGUCUCCAAUUGGCCACUUCAAUUGAAUUCAAACUCCUCUUCCACCUCGCCGCCCCUGCGGUGGCGGUUUACAUGAUUAAUUAUUUCAUGUCCAUGUCUACCCAGAUUUUCUCCGGUCAUCUCGGCAACCUUGAACUCGCUGCUGCUUCCCUUGGCAAUACUGGCAUUCAAAUCCUCACCUAUGGUCUCAUGCUAGGAAUGGGAAGUGCAGUGGAGACACUAUGUGGACAAGCAUAUGGAGCAUCAAAGUAUGAAAUGUUGGGAAUCUAUCUACAGAGAUCGACUAUUCUUCUCAUGGCAACUGGGAUUCCUCUCAUGAUGAUUUACAUCUUCUGCAAACCCAUUUUAAUCCUUCUAGGCCAGUCUCCCAUGAUCGCAUCUGCAGCUGCGCUGUUCGUACAUGGAUUAAUUCCACAGAUUUUCGCUUACGCAGUCAAUUUUCCAAUCCAGAAGUUCUUGCAGGCACAGAGCAUCGUUGCCCCUAGUGCUUACAUAUCCACUGCAACAUUAGCUCUGCAUCUGUUACUGAGUUGGCUUGCAAUUUACAAAUUGGAAUUGGGGCUUUUAGGGGCUUCUUUGGUGUUGAGUUUGUCGUGGUGGGUGAUUGUGGUGGCACAGUUUGUGUACAUUGUGAGGAGUGAAAGAUGCAAGAACACAUGGAAGGGGUUCACACUGGAAGCGUUUUCUGGGUUAUCGGAGUUCUUGAAGUUAUCGGUUUCAUCGGCGGUGAUGCUUUGUUUAGAGACUUGGUAUAUGCAGAUACUUGUUCUUCUUGCUGGUUUGCUGGAAAACCCUGCAAUUGCUUUGGAUUCUCUCUCCAUUUGUACGACGAUAUCUGGAUGGGUUUUCAUGAUUUCGGUGGGAUUCAAUGCAGCUGCAAGUGUGAGGGUGAGCAACGAGCUUGGAGCUGGAAACCCAAGAUCGGCAGCAUUCUCAGUGGUGAUGGUUAAUUUGUUAUCUUUCAUAAUAGCAGUUAUAGCCGCAGGUGUAGUGCUUGCACUUCGUCAUGUCAUCAGUUAUGCUUUCACGGAUGGCAAAACCGUCGCUGAUGCUGUCUCUGACCUUUCUCCACUCCUAUGCAUUACUCUCAUUCUUAAUGGUGUCCAACCCGUCUUAUCAGGUGUGGCUGUUGGGUGUGGUUGGCAAACGUUUGUUGCUUAUGUUAACGUGGGAUGCUAUUACCUGGUUGGAAUCCCAUUAGGGGUCUUACUGGGUUUCAAAUACAACCUCGGUGCUAAGGGAAUAUGGUCUGGGAUGAUAGGUGGCACUCUGAUGCAAACCAUCAUUUUGUUGUGGUAUACAUAUCGUACCGAUUGGAAUAAAGAGGUAGAGGAUGCUAAGAAACGUUUAGCAAAGUGGGCAGACGCAAAGGAAGUACUCAUAGAGUGA